UCUCUCUGUUUAAAAUAAUAAUGCUUAAACAAAAACAACUUCACCUCUUCUCUCCCCUCUGCCUCCUUUUCCUCCUCUUCAAUGUCAAUUUCUCGGCUGCUUCCGCGAUUUCCGGCGAAAUUACUGCCAAAGAAAAUCCAUUCACACCAAAAGCUUACCUGCUUAGAUACUGGGACAAAGAGAUCCGCACCAAUUUACCAAAAUCUGCCUUUCUUCUCUCUAAGGCUUCUCCAUUAAAUGCAGUCGACUCCACUAAUUUUGCCAAACUCGCCUCCCAGAACACUCUCUCUUCUGUUCUCCCAUCCUUUUGUUCCACCGCUAAACUCUUCUGUUUCCCCGAUUUAUCCCCGAGUCUCGAGAAGCACGACACCAACGCCAACUUUGCUGUUUAUCUGAACAAGAACUUUACCAAUUACGGUACGCUUCGUCCCGGUGGAGUUGACUCGUUUAAGAACUACUCCGACGGUGACAACCUCCCAGUCGACUCGUUCCGUCGAUACAGCCGGGACUCAAGUGGUCAUGAGGAUCGAUUUUCGAGUUAUGCACGGGAAGCCAAUGUUGCAGACCAGAGCUUCAACACCUACGGCACCGGCGCAACCGGUAGCAGCAGUAAUUUCAAGAGCUACAACGGGGACGUCAAUGUCCCUAAUAUCCGGUUCACCACUUACACCGCCGAUGCGGUCGGCCGGACCAACAAGUUCACCACAUACACCGACAACGCCAACGCAGGCAAUCAGGACUUCACCGCUUAUGGAAAGAAGUCAAACGGAUCCCCCAAUGUGUUUUCCAGUUACGGAAAAGGAUCAAAUGUAAUGGGUUCGGGUUUUUCGGGUUACGGCGAGCGAGGCAAUGGGGCUAAUGAUACUUUCACUUCGUAUGGUGAUGAAGGCAAUGUUCCGACCAAUAAGUUUAACAAUUACGGCGACGGUGGCAAUGCAGCUGUGGAAAGUUUCUCCAGUUACAGAGACCAAUCCAAUGUCGGUGACGAUUCGUUUCAAUCUUACGCCAAGAAUUCGAAUUCUGCAAAAGUUAAAUUUUCAAAUUAUGGGAAUUCGUUCAAUGAAGGUACAGACGUGUUUAAAGGAUAUGGCCAGGGCGCUAAAGGCCAUACGGUUGGAUUCAAGACUUAUGGAGUUAACAACACUUUCAAAGAUUACGCCAAGACUGGGGUUACUUUUGCCAAGUACAACAAUGUCAGCUCUUCAACUUCUCCUAAAAUGGCAGCCACUAGUGGCAGUUUGGUAAAUAGAUGGGUGGAGCCUGGCAAAUUCUUUAGAGAGUCCAUGCUCAAGAAGGGGAACGUGAUGCCAAUGCCGGACAUUAAAGAUAAAAUGCCCAAAAGGUCGUUUUUGCCCCGCACUAUUGUCUCCAAAUUACCGUUUUCCAGUUCUAAAGUCUCUCAAUUGAAGCAAUUGUUCCACGCCGCUGAUAAUUCCACCAUGGAGACGAUAAUUAAGGACACUUUGAGCGAGUGCGAGAGGGCGCCGAGCGCUGGGGAGACCAAGCGCUGUGUGGGUUCGGUUGAGGACAUGAUCGACUUCGCAACCUCAAUCUUGGGCCGCAACGUGGUGGUUCGUUCGACGGAAAACUUGAAUGGAUCGAAGAAGAAGAUAAUGGUCGGAUCAAUCAAAGGAAUCAACGGUGGUAAAGUUACUAAAUCAGUGUCUUGUCACCAGAGUUUGUUCCCUUAUUUGCUUUAUUACUGCCACUCUGUUCCUAAAGUUCGGGUGUAUGAAGCUGAUAUCCUAGAUCCCAACACCAAGGCAAAGAUCAACCAUGGCGUUGCCAUCUGUCAUUUGGAUACCUCGGCUUGGAGCCCCACCCAUGGCGCAUUCUUGGCUUUGGGUUCGGGUCCCGGGCGAAUUGAGGUCUGUCAUUGGAUUUUUGAGAACGAUAUGACUUGGACCACUGCUGAUUAAAGUGGGUUAUAUAACUUAUAUUAUAGUCGUCUGGGUCAUCCGGGUUCCAACCAUUUGUUAAGAUAACUUAGCCGAUGGCUCCCCCUUAUUUGGCUCUUCUGUUUUAGACCUAAUUUCAUGAAAAUAGAGUUUACUUAUAUGCAAUUUUUAUAUUGUCAAUUCAGCACCAAACGUGAGGGGUUCGAGAAAAAAAAAAAAAAAAAA